AUGUCAAAAUCAAGAUUAGAGACAAAUCAACACAUAAGUGAACUAAGUGAGGAUGUACCUACUACUCAUACUACUAGUAUUCUUGGGAUUCAACCUGAAACAGUGAACUCAAAUAAGGACAAAGAGGAUUCAAAUACCUCUAAGGAGGACAACAAGAAUGCUAAUGAUGAUCAACAAGGAAUUCAAAGAAACAAGGGUGAUACUUCCAAAACAGUUGAUGAGGAUAAAGAGGAUGAAAUUAAUUAUAAAGAGGACAAAGAGGAUGAAACUAACUCUAAAGAAGACAAAAAAAUGUUGAUGAUGAUAAACAAGGAAAUCAAAGAAGGAGAAAAGGAAAAUGUUCAAGAAGAGAUGCCAAAGACUACAGAGAUGAAAGAGACUAUUGGAAAUGAGAAGGCUGAUAAGAAAGAUGCAGCAGAGAUAUUACAUAAAUGUGUACAUAUUGAGGAUGAAACUUAUCUAAUAGAGCAAGAAAAGGAUACGACUGAAGAAUCUGCUGAAAGAGAUCAGAAAGAGGCAAAUGCUCCACUUGCUGAAGAAUCUACUGAAGCAUCACAAACAAUACUUGCAAAAAAAAGAUCAGGAAUAGAGAACUUCUCCUAA